UAAUAAUGUUUCCCUUUCCUCUACUUCCUUAGACUGAAUUCUUUGAAAGAUGAUACCUAUUUUAAGGUUUUUAUAUUUUGUUAUGGUGACACCCAACAUGGUCUUAUCAAUUGCUACUCAACAUAUAAAAUAGAACUUUGCCUCACUUUAGGGGGAGAGCCAAUAAAAUGUGCAGAGAGGGAGAGUUUAUCAUGUCACCAAUGAAAAGAGAGGAAGUGCAGAGCAUAAAAAACAAAGCACCAGCAACGGAAAAUAAACACCGCAGCACUCAGUUGUCACCAUUCAUUCAAUAAGUUUAGAAGAAACGAUAAGAUGGAACAACGCGAAACUAACAAACAAGCAAGUUAAAAAAUUCAAAAUUUACAACAAACUCAAUCACCCAUAACAACAAUAAAACAAUACUUAAGUGGCCAGCAAUCUAUAAAGUUUAAAAAGAUUAGCAGCAAAGCCCCCAGCAAUAAUUUCAAUAAACCAAAGAUCAAAUAAAUAUUGGCCAAUCAUUAAGAAGGAAAACAAGUUUUUUGCGCUUGGAAAAUAACACAGCAACAACAAAAAUUGUAAAAUAUGUCUUAUAUUGCCGCAUUGGAUGUGGGAACCACAACGGUGCGCUGUUUUGUGCUCAAUGAAAAAUGUGAAAUUAAAAGUUGUUCUGUGGAGCAGGUGCAACUGUUGAAUCCCAAGGCGGGUUAUUUUGAAAUAGAACCAGAGGGCCUGUGGCAGCAAAUUGUAAGGGUCAUACAGAAUGCUGUUAAAGAUGCCGCCUUGGAACCCUCACAAAUUUCCUGCCUUGGCAUCAGUAGCCAACGUUGCACGUUUCUAACAUGGAAUCACAAGACCCAGGAAUAUUUUCAUAAUUUUAUUACCUGGAAAGAUUUGCGUUCCGAUACUUUGGUAGAUGAAUUCAACAAUAGUGUGGCCAUGAAAACAUUGAAUAACUGUGCUUAUGCCCUGUAUUUGUUAACGCGUAGUAAUCGUUUUCUAGCCGGUAGCGUUUUGAAGAUGAUGAACGGUCAGGUGACCUUGAGAUUAUUGUAUGAAAUACAAAACAAUACUCGUCUGAAAGAGGCCCUUAAGCGUAAAUGUGUGCGUGUCGAGUUGUUGGAUUCAUGGAUUCUUUAUAAGCUGAGAUCGGGUAAUGGCAAGAAUCCACAAGUGGAACAUAUUUCGGAUGUUACAUCUUGUACGGCAACGGGCUUGUUUGAUCCAUUUCAAUUGCAGUGGUCACCAAUGAUGAAAAUGUUGACGGGAAUUGAGGUAUCCCUUUUACCAAAAAUUGUCAAUAAUUCCUACAAAGAUUAUGGCUGCAUAGAUCCCGAAGAUUUUGGCCCCCAGUGGAAAGAUUGCCGUAUACCCAUAACAAGUUCAAUAAGUGAUCAAUGUGCUGCCAUAUUUGGGUCACAGUGUUUUAAAAAAGGCGAUGUUAAAAUUACAAUGGGCACGGGGGCAUUUUUGGAUCUGAUAACAGGUGAUAAAUGUCAUGCAUCGUUGAAGGGUAUGUACCCAUUGGUGGCAUGGCAAUAUGCCAAAGAAACCACCUUCUGUGUUGAGGGAGCGGCACAUGAUAUGGGCACCAUUAUUGCCUGGGGACAAAGUUGUGGUCUCUACGCAAAUCCCAGUGAAACUGAAGCAAUGGCUGAAGCGGUAGAAGAUACAAAUGGGGUUUACUUUGUGCCGGCUUUCAGUGGUUUAGGGGCUCCCAUAAAUGAUCACAAGGCUGCCUCGGGAUUUAUUGGUAUAACACCCUCAACGCAAAAAGAGCAUUUGGUUAGGGCUCUGUUGGAAAGCAUUGUUUUUCGUUUGGUCAAACUGGUGGAAACAGCCGAAGAGGAAACUAAACAGCAAUUGAAAAUUUUAAGGGUCGAUGGUGGUGUUUCACGCAACAAUUUUGUUUGCCAAUUUUUGGCCAAUGCCACUGGCAUUUGUGUGGAACGUGCACGCAAUGCCGAAAGCAGUAUAAUGGGUGCCGCCUAUGCAGCCGGUCUAAAUAGCGGUAUGUGGAAUUCAUUCCAGGAUCUUGCCCAAUUUCGUGAUGUGGAUCGUUGUUUUGAACCCCAAGCACAAAAAUACAACGAAAUACGUGAUCGUUUGAAUGUUUGGCUCAAGGCUGUAGAACGUUUCGGCCAUUGGUAUUAAGUAGAAAUUUGGGUAAUUAGUUGAUAUUAAAAUUGUGAUUCUUCUAUUUAAGAAUUUUUGACAAAUUUUGUACCAAAGAAAA